AGUUUAUAUGUUUUUAUGUUGUAGUUUUUCUGUUGAGCUGUGAGGAAACGAAAGAAUUUAUAUUUUUACGGCGAUGUGUGAAACAUUUAGUCUUUAAAAAGACUGAGAACAUGGCCAAAGGAAACAGUGAGAAACAGCAGAAAGCUGGAACACAGAAGAGAAAACCUGAUGCUGAUGGAGGAGGAGGAGGAGGUCAGAAGAAGAAGAAAGGCGACGGACCAGCAGAGCAAGGAGAGGCUGGCAGGAAACGUCUGGAUGCUCCGAGCGUCGGCUACUUUCGCAGAGUCGGAGAAAGACUUGAUGAAGGUUUCCCAGAUGAUGAAGAGAAAGAAAUGUUUGUGGAGAACGUCCUCAUGGAGGUCAAAGGUCAAGCCGGCCGAGUGGCGACGGAUCGGACAGGAAGCAUCACUCUACAGCGGCUGCUUCCCCUCUGCAGUCCCGACCGGGUGGGGGAGGUGAUGGCCGAGGUGGGAGGAGCCCUGGGCUCUGAGUUCAAAGCGGUUUGUUGCGAUCGGUGUGGGGGCCACGUGGUGGAGAGCGCUCUCAGACAGAUGUCCAGGUGGACAGAGACGCCACAGGAGGAGGAAGAGGAGGAGGGCCCUGGAGUGUUGGAAGGCCAGGUGUUGUGUUUAGGUCAGGUGGUGAGGGAAAACAUCGCGGAAUUCAUCGCCCACGCUCACGGCUCCCAUGUGGUCCGAACUCUCCUCCACGUGCUGACAGGCUGUCUGGGACCGGCUCGCUCUGAGACGCGCCCAGGUGUGAAAGACCGCGGCGUUUCUCCUCAAAUGACAGACUUUGAGAUCCCCACAUCCUUCUGGUACGAAAUGGGGAAACUCACAGAGACUUUGAUGGAAAACAUUAACCUCAGCAUCACAGAUUCUGUUGCCAGUGCCGUGUUCCAGACCAUGCUGACUGUGAGCCACAGAAAACGCCCUAAACUCUGCAAGAAGCUCCUUAAACGCACCGUGGAGUACCUCAUGAGUCGCAGCGCGGCUCCUGGAGUUAGCCCUCUCCUGGUUUUCUUGAAGGAUCAGGCGUCCAGUCAUCUUCUAGAGACUGUAAUCCAGCUGUCCCACAUUUCUCUUCUCCGCGAUGUUUACAAGAACCAUCUGAAAGGAAGCUUGGUCAGCCUAGCCCUCCAUCCCAUUGCUAACUUUCCCAUUCAGAGAUUAACAGCAGCUGCAGCCAAAUACAAACUGUUUCCGCGGUUGUUUGACGAGCUGAUUCAGGGGGUGGAGGCCAUCUUGGCUGCAGGUCACAUGGGCGUGAUUGUUCAGCUGGCAGACAGCUGUGCAGAAAGUGGACAAAAGCAGGAUGAGAUGAUCAAGAGCCUCCUCAAUGCCUUUCACUGCGCUGAGCCCAGCUCCCGACAGGUCUGCUGCCUCCCCCUCUUCAUGUCCCUGCUAACCUAUGAAGUGUACUACCACUCUGAUACAGCAGGGGGCGACGCACAGACAGAGAUACCGCUGACCUCCAUCUGUUACCACGGCUCCCGGUUGGUCCAAGCGCUGGCUAAGUUUAAGGAGCGCUCGCUUCUCCUCAGCAGCCUGCGCACUCUGACGCCCGCUGACCUCUUGACUCUGGCUUCACACCCGGCUGGCAGCCACGUCCUCCAAGCGCUCAUCACCACGUCCAGCGACAAAGGCCGGGGCAAGAUCCUCAGGAGGCUGGAGGGUCAGUACGGCCAAAUGGCGUGCUCCAGGCUGGGCAGCCGGGUGCUGGAGGCCGUGUGGAGCAGCGCCUCAGUCAGUCAGAGGCAGAGCAUCGCUCAGGAGCUAGUUCAAAGCGAAAGCCAGCUGCGGUCAGAUCAGUUUGCUCGUCACGUGUGGGCCAAGUUCGCUCUCUCCCACUUCAUGCACAGAAGAGCCCACUGGCAGGAAAUCCAGACCGGCGAGUCCAAGAAGAGGAAGCUUUUCAACGACAUUCUCAACUAGAGAGUUCAUUUUUGUUCCAGCUGUGUUUUUGGUUUUUCAUCUGACAGAAUAAAGAAAAUGUAGUUCUUUGUUGCUAUAACAACAUUUCUGGAAUCUGUUCUUCAUGAUCAUGUCGUCAAGAUUUAAAAGGAGAUCCAAUAAUCUUUUUAAAUCUUGAACAAAACCUAUAAUAUUAUGUGUUUUUGAUAUUUGCAAUAAAUAAAGUCUCGUGGCCAAACAUCUAAA